CUCACACUGUCGUGUUUUCUUCAAUCCGAUUUUCAUCUCUCACUUGCUGGCUUGCUGCUACAACAAUGGCGUUUGUUUCCACUUUCCGCCGUAUCUUAGCCGGAUCCAACAACAGCCUCUCGUCGUCAUCAUUCUCCUUGGUUCACCACUGUUCAACUCUUUCAUCUCCCAAGCUCUUCGUCAGCGGUCUCUCCAGACUCACAACCAAUGAAAAGCUUCAGGAUGCCUUUGCUCCUUUUGGCGAGCUCGUUGAUGCUAGAGUGAUCACAGACAGGGAGACUGGAAGAUCAAAGGGUUUCGGUUUUGUGACAUACGCAACAAUACAAGAUGCAGAGAAGGCUAAGGAAGGAAUGAAUGCAAAGUUUUUGGACGGUUGGGUGAUUUUUGUUGAUCCUGCGAGACCUAGAGAACCAAGACGGCCUCUCCAUCAAGAUCAUCAGCCUCAGUCUUCUUCCUCUGGAUCCGGUUUCACUACUAACAAAACCAUUGGCUGGUGUAAAUGAACAAGAAAAAAAAAGCCAAACACUUUUGCAUUAUUUUUUUUUUGUACCAAAUGAAAGAAAAAACAGCUUCUUCAAAUUUAUUUUAGACCUUAACUUAUGUUUUUUUGAGACAA